AUGAAAGAAGAGGAGCAAGAAGUCACUAUUGAUACAUCAGUUAAUUUUUCACAAUUGACAUAUCCCAUCACACAUGAUAAUGCUAUGUCAAGUGUGGACAGAACAGAAAAUAAUCAAGUAUCUUUAAAAAAAGUUAAACAUAAAAUUAGUUCUGAAAGUCAUAGUGAAACAGACUGUGAAAGGAUUACAUUUUCCAGCAAAGAGAAUGAAAAUUUGACAGGUGGAGUUUCUGCUAAAGUGAAAUCAGUACUGAAAUCUCAGCAGGCUAGUGAAAACAACUUUGAACUUAAGACACAGCAAAAUGAACAUUCUGACAUUAAUCAAAAUGCUAAAAGCUCAGAAUCAAAAACAAAUACAAAAUCAAAAGAAAAUGAAAACAUUGUGGAGCUCUUUGGUUUUCCAGUUGAGUUUACUACUCCAGAUUUGAUAUCUGCUCUGUCUCUAUUUCAAAAAGAAAAUUACACAAUAAAAUGGGUGGAUGAUUGCCAUGCUCUUGCCGUGUUUACUAGCCCAUCAUUAGCAAAUCAAGCCCUCAUUAUGCAUCACCCAUUUGUAAAAAUCAGAGCUUUAUCUGAAGCAACAAAAGAGUCUAAGGCAAAAGCAAAACAAUGUGCUAAACUGCAUGAAUCAAGCAAGCCUCGGCCUAUGACAACAGCAACUUUAGCAAGACGCCUUGUUUCUGGAGCCUUAGGAAUAAAAAAUCAUGUAUCCAAAGAACAGAGGGAUGUUGAACAAAAACUGCUCAGUGAAGCAAGAGAAAAAAAAAAGUUGAAAGCAAAGCAAAAGCAAGAUAUGUGGGAUGGUGUUGUAUCGAAAAAUUAA